GGGCGGCAGUGCUCCGGGCCUUUCUCGGGCGGCUGUUAGCACCCAACCCGCUUCCAUAAGGCUUUUCCUUUCCAACUUCAGCUACAGUGUUGGCUAAGUUUGGAAAGAAGACACAAAGAAGACCCCCGGGCCGUUUUUCUUUUAUUUGUCAUAAUAGUCGUAGGAAUCUUUUUGCACAAGGUAGUUGUGUUUUUAGCGGUGCUGUCUUCUGUUCCUUGCACUCCUGUUAACAACAAGCACCUCGGAAGAGCAGCAGCAGCAACAGUAGCAACAGAAGAGCAAGCCGGGGGCGCCUGGUGUCAUGACCAGGACAAGGCAUCAAAACCGUCAGGGAGGAUGCUGUGGAUCCUUAGAAAACUACCUGACUUCUGCAAAAUUCCUUCUCUACCUUGGCCAUUUUCUAUCUACCUGGGGAGAUCGAAUGUGGCACUUUGCAGUGUCUGUGUUUCUGGUAGAGCUCUAUGGAAACAGCCUCCUCUUGACUGCAGUCUACGGGCUGGUGGUGGCAGGAUCUGUUUUGUUCCUGGGAGCCAUCAUUGGUGAUUGGGUGGAUAAGAACGCCAGACUUAAAGUGGCCCAGACUUCCCUGGUGGUACAGAAUGUAUCGGUCAUCCUGUGUGGAAUCAUCCUGAUGAUAGUUUUCUUACAUAAAGACGAGCUUCUGACCAUGUACCAUGGAUGGGCUCUUACUUCCUGCUAUAUUUUGAUCAUCAGUAUUGCAAAUAUUGCAAAUUUGGCUAGUACCGCUACUGCGAUCACAAUCCAGAGGGACUGGAUUGUUGUUGUUGCAGGAGAAGACAGAAGCAAAUUAGCAGAUAUGAAUGCUACAAUACGAAGGAUUGACCAGUUAACCAAUAUCUUGGCCCCCAUGGCUGUUGGCCAGAUUAUGACAUUUGGCUCCCCAGUCAUCGGCUGUGGUUUCAUUUCGGGCUGGAAUUUGGUGUCCAUGUGUGUGGAGUACUUUCUGCUCUGGAAAGUUUACCAGAAAACCCCUGCUCUAGCUGUGAAAGCUGCUCUUAAAGUAGAGGAAACCGAAUUGAAACAGCUGAAUGUACACAAAGACACUGAGCCAAAACCCCUGGAGGAAACUCGUCUAAUGGGUGAGAAGGACCCUAACAUCCUUGAGCUUGAACACAAGCAAGAGCCUAGCUGUGCCUCCCAGAUGGCUGAGCCCUUCCGCACUUUCCGAGAUGGAUGGGUCUCCUAUUACAACCAGCCAAUAUUUCUGGCCGGCAUGGGUCUUGCUUUCCUCUACAUGACUGUCCUGGGCUUCGACUGCAUCACCACAGGGUACGCCUAUACUCAGGGGCUGAGCGGUUCCAUCCUCAGUAUUUUGAUGGGAGCUUCAGCCAUAACUGGAAUCAUGGGAACUGUGGCUUUUACUUGGCUCCGCCGAAAAUGUGGCCUGGUUCGGACUGGUCUGAUCUCAGGAGUUGCACAGCUUUCCUGUUUGAUCUUGUGCGUGAUCUCUGUAUUCAUGCCUGGAAGUCCCUUGGACUUGUCUGUUUCUCCUUUUGAGGAUAUCCGUUCUAGGUUCAUUCAAGUCGAGCCACCGCCCAUACCUACAACUACAAAAAUACCUGACCCCACCUUUUCAACUGAAACGCACACGUCAAAUGGGUCUGGUCCUGUUAUUACUGCCACAGAGAUGAGUCCUCAAUCUGUGCCCAUAAUCUCUGUCAGUCUGCUCUUUGCAGGUGUCAUUGCUGCUAGAAUUGGUCUUUGGUCUUUUGAUUUAACUGUGACACAGCUGCUGCAAGAAAAUGUAAUCGAAUCUGAAAGAGGCAUUAUUAAUGGUGUCCAGAACUCUAUGAACUAUCUCCUUGAUCUUCUGCAUUUCAUCAUGGUCAUCCUGGCUCCGAAUCCUGAAGCUUUUGGCUUGCUCGUAUUGAUUUCAGUCUCCUUUGUGGCCAUGGGCCACAUUAUGUAUUUUCGAUUUGCCCAAAAAACUCUGGGCUACCGGCUUUUUGCUUGUGGUCCUGAUCAAAAUGAAGUCACGAAUGGAAAUCAAAGUAAUACAUCUGUUGUGUGAGACAGUUUAACUGUUGCUAUACCUGUUACUAGAUUAUAUAGAGCACAUGUGCUUAUUUUAGACUUUAAAGUUCCUAUAAAUCAUUGGGUGUUUCUCUCUAGUUUUCUCACAGCUGUGCUUUGAGGGCUAAAGGCUAUUCACUAAGAAGCCUAAGUCAGCUGAAAUGAGGUGGUUAAUUUCCCUUCCAUUUAGAGAUAGACAAAUAAUAGGAAAAAGAAAAACUCAGUUUACAUAUGGGAAAGAAACUGGUAACACCAAGUUUCCCUGUUUCUCAUGAGCAGAUAAAAUUUUACAUAAAGGAGUGAUGUGGAUCAAAUUAUUCCUUGGCAGAUAUUUAUUAUCUGUACUAGAAUUCAGAUAUGUCACUUUUCCCUAAAACUCAUUCUUGUUCAAGUAAGUUUACUUUUUUGGUAUCUUAUUCUCAUUUGUACUAUAAAAACAAAUAAAUUCUACUCUAAGUAUGAAGGCUAAAGUUUGAUAACCAGUAUUAUCCUUACUGAUUCUAUUGAUCUUAAGGGAUUUGCAUGUAUGUGGAGAAACUAAAUACUUAACUAGAAUUCUCCAAUAGGGCUUAUGGCUUAACUUGAGGGAGCACUUUCAUAUUUUUAUCAGCAUAUAGGGCAAAAUAUUUUAAUAAGCAUAUGUAUAGUACUUCAUAAAAUGGCUACCCAUAAGGUGCAGGUAGAAGCAAAGCUGUAGAUUUAUAACGCAGUGGGUAUAUAAGAACUUCAAAUAUGCCAGUAGUUUUCAAAUAUAACAUGCUAAGAGUUUGACCAUAGAAGCUAGAAGUCAUACAGAAGAGUGAGAUCCAAAUUUAAUUCAUGCCGCCAUCAUUAAUGACCUCCUCUAGCUUGGAAAAGUAGGCUAAGUCUUACGCCUGGAAAGUUAAAUGUAGAAGGAAACCCCGCACUAAGAAAGGUUUUAUUUUAUAAAUCAUUUGAUUUACUUUUAACACAGAGCAUUUUUGCUUUUACUGUUUUGUACUCAGGAAUUAUUUUUACAUAGUUGUAGAGCAAGAAUGUUCAUAAAUGUAUUCCUUUCAAAUGUCUUUGAGAAGAAUGGAGGAAAAAAAAGAACCUUUUGUAUGUAUUUUUAAAAACUGUUUUACAAGCCAUUUUGCAACAUGCCAGUACCAGUGUGGUACUUUGCCUUAACUGUUUAUGCACUUUCACUGAGACUACAAUACGUUGCCAUGAGCACUUUCUUUGUCCUUGAGGUUUAAUCUUUUUCUUCAUUCUGCAGUAUGACAUAAUGAUUUGCUACAUUGUAAAAUCUUUGUAAAAUAUUUCUAUAUAAAAAUAUUUUUAAAAUCUUGA